UUCACUACAACUUUGAUAUUAAGUCAUCAAACUUCAAAUUCAAUUGACCAAUCCAAUUCCAAGUCAUGCCAUCUCAAAACCUUAGUUUGACUCUAGUCAUACUCAUUUCAAUUCUAUCCAUUAUUGUUUCACAUGCUGAAACAUCAACCAUUAAAGUUGAAAUUGAAGCAUUGAAAGCAUUCAAAAAAUCCAUAACAAAUGAUCCAAACAAAGCUCUUGCAAAUUGGAUUGACACAAUCCCUCAUUGCAACUGGUCAGGCAUUGCAUGUAGCAAUUCUUCAAAACAUGUCAUAUCAAUUUCACUCUUUGAACUUCAACUCCAAGGUGAGAUUUCACCUUUCCUUGGAAACAUUUCAACACUUCAACUUAUUGAUUUAACUUCAAAUUCAUUAACUGGUCAAAUUCCACCUCAAAUUAGUCUUUGCACUCAACUUACAACACUUUACCUUACUGGUAAUUCUCUCUCAGGUUCAAUCCCUCAUGAAUUAGGUAACCUUAAAAUGUUGCAGUAUUUGGAUAUAGGUAAUAACUAUCUCAAUGGAACCUUACCUGUUAGCAUAUUCAACAUAACUUCUUUGUUAGGUAUUGCUUUCAAUUUCAACAACCUUACUGGAACUAUUCCAUCAAAUAUAGGGAAUUUAGUUAACACUAUACAGAUUGGAGGAUUUGGUAAUAGUUUUGUUGGAUCUAUACCUGUUUCUAUAGGCCAAUUAGGAUCUUUGUUAUCUCUUGAUUUUAGUCAAAAUAAGUUAUCAGGUGUCAUACCUAGAGAGAUUGGAAACCUAACAAAUUUACAAUAUCUUUUAUUGCUUCAAAAUUCAUUGAGUGGAAAAAUUCCUUCUGAGCUGGCUCUUUGUAGCAAUCUUGUUAACCUUGAGUUAUAUGAAAAUAAGUUCAUUGGAAGUAUUCCUCAUGAGCUAGGGAAUUUAGUUCAGUUGGAAACUUUGAGGUUGUUUGGUAAUAACUUGAACUCAACAAUACCGGAUUCUAUAUUUAAGUUGAAAUCGUUAACACAUUUAGGAUUAUCAGAGAAUAACUUAGAGGGAACAAUUUCUUCUGAGAUUGGAUCUUUGAGUUCCUUAAAAGUGUUAACUCUUCAUUUGAAUAAGUUUACCGGGACGAUUCCUUCGUCGAUAACAAACUUGAGAAACUUGACAUCUUUGUCCAUGAGUCAGAAUCUCCUUUCAGGUGAAAUUCCUUCCAAUAUAGGUGUGCUUCAAAAUUUGAAGUUUCUUGUCUUGAACGACAACUUUUUACACGGACCUGUUCCUCCUAGCAUUACCAAUUGUACUAGUUUGGUUAAUGUGAGUUUAUCUAUUAAUUCUUUAACUGGAAAAAUUCCUGAGGGUUUUUCAAGGUUGCCAAAUCUUACUUUCCUGUCCCUUCAAUCCAACAAAAUGAGUGGUGAAAUACCAGAUGAUCUUUACAUUUGCUCAAACCUUAGUACUUUACUUUUGGCGGAUAACAGCUUCAGUGGAUCGAUAAAAUCCGGUAUCAAAAAUCUGUUUAAACUCAUGCGUUUGAAGCUGAAUAAAAAUGCUUUCAUAGGACCAAUUCCACCAGAGAUUGGUAACUUGAAUAAACUCAUCAUUUUGUCUCUUUCUGAAAAUAGAUUAUCAGGUCGUAUUCCAAUAGAAUUGUCCAAACUUUCUCUCCUUCAAGGACUCUCUCUUUAUGACAAUGCAUUAGAAGGCACAAUACCUGAUAAACUUUCUGAACUAAAAGAAUUGACUAUACUUUUGCUGCAUGAAAACAAGUUGGUUGGUCGAAUACCGGAUUCUAUCUCGAAGCUUGAGAUGCUUUCAUACUUAGAUCUUCACGGAAACAAACUUAAUGGUUCCAUUCCGAAAAGCAUGGGGAAGCUUGAUCAUCUUCUACUGUUGGAUCUCUCUCACAACCGCCUCUCAGGAUUGAUUCCAGGAUACGUCAUUGCACACCUCAAAGACAUGCAGAUGUAUCUUAACCUUUCUUACAACCACUUUGUAGGAAGUGUUCCAUCUGAACUAGGGAUGUUGGAAAUGGUACAAGCCAUUGAUGUUUCAAACAAUAAUCUUUCAGGUUUCCUUCCGAAGACACUUGCCGGGUGCAGAAAUAUGUUUAGUCUUGAUUUCUCAGUAAACAAUAUUUCAGGUCCUAUCCCUGCUGAAGUUUUUAGUGGCAUGGACUUGCUUCAGAGCUUAAAUCUUUCAAGAAAUCAUUUAGAUGGUGAAAUACCCGAAAGCAUGUCUCAGAUUAAGAAUCUUAGUUCGUUAGAUCUUUCUCAGAAUAACUUGAAGGGAACUAUUCCUGAGGGGUUUGCCAAUCUUUCCAACCUGAUGCAGCUAAACUUUUCUUUUAAUCAACUAGAAGGUCCUGUGCCUUUGACUGGAAUAUUUUCACAUAUCAACGAAUCUAGUAUGAUGGGAAACCAGGCUCUUUGUGGAGCAAAAUUCCUAAGUCCAUGCAGAGAGAACGGUCAUUCUCUAUCCAAGAAGAGCAUAGCUAUCAUUGCUGCACUUGGAUCUCUUGCUGUACUUCUACUUGCAGUGCUUCUGAUUUUAUAUUUCAACCGAGGCACCAUGUUCGGUAAUUCUAUAAAGAGUGUUGAUACUGAGAAUCAUGAAUCAGUGAACGGUUCAGCAUUGGCUCUUAAAAGAUUCAGUCCAAAGGAGUUAGAAAAUGCAACCGGUUGUUUCAGCUCAGACUACAUCAUUGGUUCUAGCAGUUUGAGCACCGUUUACAAGGGUCAAUUUGAAGAUGGUCAGAUUGUAGCCAUAAAAAGGUUGAAUUUGCACCAAUUCUCAGCUAAUACCGACAAGAUAUUCAAGAGAGAAGCCAGCACCUUGUGCCAGCUGAGACAUAGGAAUUUAGUUAAGAUACAUGGAUAUGCUUGGGAAAGUCAGAAAAUAAAGGCUUUAGUUCUAGAGUACAUGGAGAAUGGGAAUUUGGAUAGCAUCAUACAUGACAGAGAAGUUGAUCAGUCGAGGUGGACAUUAUCUGAAAGACUCCGAGUUUUCAUUUCUAUUGCUAGUGGAUUGGAUUACUUGCACUCUGGUUAUGAUUUUCCCAUUGUGCAUUGUGAUCUAAAGCCUUCCAACAUCCUUUUAGAUAGAGAUUUUGAAGCACAUGUCAGUGAUUUUGGGACAGCUCGAAUACUUGGUCUUCAUUUGCAAGAUGGCAGUGCCCUUUCCUCAACAGCAGCUUUGCAAGGCACAAUUGGCUAUUUGGCACCAGAAUUUGCCUACAUGAGGAAAGUAACGACGAAAGUGGAUGUGUUCAGCUUUGGCAUCAUAGUAAUGGAAUUUCUAACAAAAAGAAGGCCAACAGGGCUCUCAGAAUCAACAAGUUUGCGUGAUGUAGUGGCAAAAGCCGUUGCAAAUGGAACGGAACAGCUUGUCAGCAUUGUGGACCCUGAAUUGAUCACAAAAGACAAUGGAGAAGUGUUGGAAGAGCUCUUUAAGCUUUCAUUGUGCUGCACCCUCUCUGAUCCUGAACAUCGUCCUAAUAUGAAUGAAGUUUUAUCUGCACUUGUGAAGCUUAACACAGCAAUGCUAUCUUGCUGUGUUGUUAAAUAAUAAACAGCAUAAUAUCAAUCAAUCCUUGGUGCUGUUUUUUGGAAAGAAGAGAAAAGAAAUGCUUGUCAGUAAAUUCAUAACUAGUUUCUUUGACAAUGACAAAGCCUUGUGGUGUACAUGUUAGUAUGUGGAACUUUGAGUAUGCAAUUAAUAUGUGGAACUUUGCUCAAAUGAGCAGUAUUCCUAGACAAUCAUGUAAUAACACUCAUCCCUACUUUUUUAGUCUGCAUUGACUGUCUCUUGUUGCAUGCAUAUUCUAUAUUUUUCACUCCCUCUUGCCACUCUUUGAUUUGGUGCAGAUAUUUCUAUAUAUAUACAAUCGAGUUUGCUCUAUCAUAUA